AUGGUUCAUUUAUGGUUACGAGCAGAAACAAAGCCAAAGGAACAUCGGGCGGCAUUAACACCUUUAGCUUGUAAAGAAUUGCUUAAGAAUGGAUUUCAAAUUUCUGUGGAAAAAUCUGUGGAUCGAAUAUUUGAUGAUGAGGAAUACGAACGGAUGGGAUGUACUCUUGUACCGACUUUAACGUGGAAGAAUGCACCAACUGAUGCAUAUAUUAUCGGACUUAAAGAAUUACCAGAAAAUGAUGAUUCACCUCUUUCGCAUCAACAUAUUUUUUUCGCUCAUUGUUUUAAAAAUCAGGGAGGAUGGAAAGAGAUUUUAAAUAGAUUUAUCAAGGGGAAUGGAACUAUUCUUGAUUUAGAAUUUUUAGUAGAUGCAAAAGGACGUCGUAUUGCAGCAUUUGGUUAUCAUGCUGGAUUUGCUGGAGCAUCCCUUGGUCUUGAUGUUUGGGCUCAUCAGCAAUUACAUCCUAAACAAAAAUUUCCUCCCGUUGAGCCCUAUCCUGAUGAAAACGAAUUAGUCAAUUAUAUUCAAAAUCGAUUGGACGGUGCAGUUGCUGUUCGUGGAAAAUGGCCACGUGUCAUGGUUAUGGGAGCAUUAGGCAGAUGUGGUAAAGGAGCUGUUGAUUUUGCUCAUAGAGCUGGUAUUCCAGAUGAAAAUAUUAUUAAAUGGGAUAUUGAAGAGACCAAAAAAGGAGGUCCAUUUAAAGAAAUCCUUGAUUGUGAUGUUUUUGUUAAUUGUAUUUAUUUAAAUCAUAAAAUACCACCAUUUCUUACUAAAGAAAUGCUUGAUCAAGGAAGACAACUUUCAGUUCUUGUAGAUGUUAGUUGUGAUACUACAAAUCCCAAUAAUCCCAUUCCUAUAUACGAUUUCAAUACCACAUUUGAUAACCCAACCGCGCCUGUUGAAACAAAUAAUCCUCAUCCUCUUGAGGUCAUCUCAAUUGAUCAUUUACCGACUUUAUUACCGAGAGAAGCAAGUGAACAAUUUGAUAAAGAUUUAUUACCUAGUUUAUUGGAAUUAAAGGAUCGUGAAUCUUCUAGAGUAUGGAAAGAUGCCGAAAAUUUAUUCCGAGAAAAAUGUGCUUUGGUUAACAAUAGUUAA